GUUUCAAGUAAUCAUUUGAAUGCCAUUUGAUUUGUGGCUAAUAUUAACGAUUAUAUGACUAUUAAUUAAUAAUCACUAAUAAUAGGAGUGAACAUUGAAUUGGCGUUUAUAUGGUGUGAAUGGACUGCGAGUCCAUUGAUAACUCAUUUGUUGUUUUGAGUGAUCAUUCAAAUGAUGUUUACUUUCACUGCAAUUACUGUGAGAUUGAAACCAAUAUCUGAUAAAUGCAUUGAUUUGAAGGAAUGGGUGCUUACAGUGAAUGCCACCAAACAAUCACUCAACUAACCCUGAUCACAAUUGUCCACUUUAUAUGCAAAGCAAACUCGUAAAUAGUGUCAUACAUUAAAUCAAUUGUUUUGUAGUAAUAAUAAUUAUUAUUAUCAUUUAGUGUCCUAUAAUUCAUUGAAAUUGUCACCGAUUUUAUUGACAAAAAUAGUUUUUAGUGUUUAUUUGGAUUUAGUUUUACAAUAUAUUUGAGAUUUCAUUGAAUAUUGCAUUUAUUGCCAAAUAUGUUCAAUAUGUUAAUCAUUUAAUUAAUCACUUAUUCACUUGAAUAGUAUCACUGAGUAUUCAGUUUAUAUUAUACCAUAACUUAAUAAUAUUGUCAAUAAGUGAAGACAUCAAUAUCAAAGUGAAGACAAUGGCUGACAAUAGAGCCAAUGAUAACGACUCGAAGACUGAAGGGGUCGAUGACUCCGAGGAAGAGAAUGAGAUUCUAGAAGAGAGUCCGUGCGGGCGAUGGCUUAAGAGGAAGGAAGAAGUAGAGCAAAGAGAUAUCCCCGGAAUAGACGCCACGUAUCUCGCAAUGGAUACCGAAGAGGGCGUCGAAGUUGUCUGGAAUGAAGUGCGCUUUUCUGAGAGGAAGUACUUCAAGACUAAAGAAGAGACCAUUAAUGAGGUGUUUGACCGACUCAUCCAAUUAGAGCACCCGAACAUCGUUAAGCUCCACAAGUAUUGGGUUCACAAAGACAUCGAAAAGCCCAGAGUUAUCUUCAUUACGGAGUAUAUGUCCAGCGGAUCACUCAAACAGUUCCUCAGAAGGACUAAAAGGAGUUUAAUUAAAAUGUCUAUCAGUGCGUGGAAGCGGUGGUGCACUCAGACACUGUCGGCCCUCUGCUAUUUGCAUAGCUCUCAGCCGCCUAUAGUUCACGCAAAUCUCAACUGCGAUACAAUUUUCAUCAGUUAUAACGGACUCAUCAAAAUAGGAGCCGUAGCUCCCGAUGCCAUUCAUAAGCACGUGAAGACAGUGCGCGGGGACUCCAAAGUGAACCUCCAUUUUAUUGCACCCGAAAUCGGAUGCAUUACAGACACGAAUAGCUCUGUUUUGUCGCCGGCAGUGGAUAUCUAUUCGUUCGGAAUGUGUGCCUUAGAAAUGGCGGCCUUAGAGAUAUCGGCCAACGGGGAGAGCACUACAAUCACCGAAGAAGUCAUCAAUUCUACGAUUGAAAGUCUCGAGAAUCCGUUGCAAAAGGAUUUCAUCAGUCGGUGUAUCAGAAAGAACCCCAAAGACAGGCCCACAGCCAGGGAAUUGUUAUUUCAUCCGAUAAUCUUUGAAGUGCCGCCUCUUCGUCUAUUCUCAGCCCAUGUUAUUGUCAACACCUCUUCCUAUCUGCCCGAACAGCUCACAGAAGAGGCCAUCUCUCGAGUGCUCUGUUUGCAGAACAAUAGCGAUCGGAUAUUGGCUGAAGUCCGCCAUAACGACGGUCGGCCCAACUUUAUCCUCAAACAAAGCGAUGCACCGAAAGUAGAGUUCGAGAAGUUCUGCGAAGAAGUACGCAACGGGUCGUGUCCUCUGACAGCAAUCGUCACCACAACCCGUCCUCCACUUAUCUCUCGUCAGCGAACAAUGUCUCCGGAAAUGUCUUGUGAGUCAACAAAACAACUGAAUUCUCCGGACAAUCCUUACGAUGAAGAGACUCGACGAAUAAAUACCAUUAACUCAACUCUAGAGCCGCCUCUUCAAGAGGCCAGUGAUAAAAGAUUAGUGAUAUCUCUUCACAUUGUGUUUGACGACAAAAUUAAUAGAAAAUUGUCCACAAAAUUGGAAUUAAAAGAAUUAGAACCGUCUUCCUUAGCUCAAGAAUUAGUAUUUUAUGGAUUUGUUAAUAAGGACGAUAAGCAUAUUGUCUUCGAGUUAUUGUCCGAAACUAAGGAUAUGUUCUGUAAUUCUGGUAAUCAAACCACUAGUUGUCAAAAGGUUCGACAAUUACCGCAACAACAGCAGCAACCACACCAGCAAAUGGCACAACAGUCUAAACCUUACGUUAAAUAUUAAUAAGUCAUAACUUUUAUUAUACUAUAAAACAAUUUUUACAAAAUGCUAUCAAAUAUGAAAUACAAAUAAUUUUAAAACUUUCA